AGGGUUAGAGAGGGAGAGAGAGCCGCUUUUUUCCCUUUCGCCGCUGCUUUGCUCCAUCCUCCCGUUCGUUUCUUCCCUCUUCCCUUUCUUUUUGAUCCAUUUGGGUGGCCGCCCCCUGAUCGGAGAAGUCGAGAUGGAGCCUUAUUUUGUCGACCCGACCGCGGUUCAGGUCGAGAAUGCCUUCCUCGAGUUCCUCAAGAGCUUCAGGUUGGAUCCGAUGGAGCCUCCGUACUACGAAGCUGAGAUAGAAGCGAUGAAAGCCAGCGAAUCGAGCACCAUCUUCAUCGACUUCUCUCAUGUCAUGCACCACAGCAAUGAUCUACAGUCUGCGAUUUCCGAUGAGUACAUGAGAUUUGAGGGGUACCUUAGAAAUGCUUGCAAGAGGUUCGUGAUGGAGCAGAGGCCCACCCUCAUCGCAGAUGACAGCCCGAACAAGGACAUCAACAUCGCCUUCUUCAAUCUCCCUUCCACCAAGAGGCUGAGGGAACUGACCACAUCAGAGAUUGGAAAACUUGUCUCGGUUACAGGAGUAGUCACUCGCACGAGUGAGGUUCGUCCCGAGCUGCUUCUAGGGACGUUUAAAUGCUUGGAAUGCGGGGGUGUCAUAAGGAAUGUGGAGCAGCAAUUCAAGUAUACUGAGCCGACAAUAUGCGCGAACGCUACAUGCCAAAACAGAGGUAGGUGGGCGUUGCUCAGACAGGAGAGCAGAUUCGCGGAUUGGCAAAGGGUGAGGAUGCAAGAGACUUCCAAAGAGAUUCCUGCUGGCUCCCUUCCUCGAUCGCUGGAUGUUAUACUCCGUCACGACAUAGUCGAGCAGGCUCGUGCAGGCGACACGGUCAUCUUUACUGGCACAGUAGUUGUGAUACCGGACAUAAUGGCCUUGGCCUCACCCGGAGAGAGAGCGGAAUGCCGUCGGGAAGCUGCACAGCGCAAUUCCACUGCUGGACACGAAGGGGUGAGAGGUCUUCGGGCAUUGGGCGUCCGGGAUCUUUCCUAUCGGCUUGCAUUCAUCUCUAAUUCAGUUCAGAUUUUGGAUGGUAGAAGGGACGUGGACGUCAGGAGUAGAAAGAAGGAUGCUGAAGAAGAUGACAGCCAAGAAUUCACCGAACAAGAAAUAGAGGAAUUCCGUAGAAUGAGGAAUACCCCCGAUUUCUUCAACAAGAUUGUUGAUAGCAUUGCUCCCACAAUUUUUGGUCACCAGGAUAUCAAGAGAGCAAUCCUCCUUAUGCUCCUAGGUGGUGUCCAUAAAAUCACCCAUGAGGGUAUCAAUCUGAGGGGAGAUAUCAAUGUUUGCAUUGUAGGAGAUCCGAGCUGCGCGAAGUCUCAGUUUCUUAAGUAUACUUCAGGUCUAAUUCCUAGAUCUGUUUAUACAUCGGGAAAAUCCUCCUCUGCUGCUGGAUUGACUGCAACUGUUGCCAAAGAACCUGAGACAGGGGAAUUUUGUAUCGAGGCUGGUGCACUUAUGCUUGCGGACAAUGGGAUUUGCUGCAUAGAUGAAUUUGAUAAAAUGGACAUCAGAGAUCAGGUUGCGAUUCACGAAGCUAUGGAGCAACAGACGAUAAGCAUUACUAAAGCGGGUAUACAAGCAACUCUAAAUGCGAGGACAUCAAUUUUAGCAGCUGCCAACCCUACUGGCGGGCGGUAUGACAAGGCAAAGCCGCUCAAGUACAACGUGAACCUUCCUCCUGCAAUUCUCUCGAGGUUCGAUCUAGUGUAUGUCAUGAUUGAUGACCCAGAUGAUGAAAUUGACUACCACAUUGCCCAUCACAUUGUGAGAGUUCACCAGAAGCGCGAAGAUGCAGUUACUCCUGCAUUCUCUACUGCGCAGCUAAAGCGUUACAUUGCAUAUGCAAAAACACUGAAGCCGAAGCUAAACUCUGAAGCCAGAAAACUGUUGGUAGAUUCAUAUGUUGCUCUCCGUAGAGGAGAUACAACUGCUGGAGGCAGAGUUGCUUAUCGCAUGACUGUCAGGCAGCUCGAGGCUUUAAUUAGACUUUCAGAGGCCAUUGCUUGCAGUCACCUUGAAACUCAGGUACAGCCACACCAUGUUAAGGUGGCAGUCAAGCUCCUGAAGACAUCAAUAAUAAGUGUGGAUUCCUCUGAGAUUGAUUUGUCUGAGUUUCAAGAUGGAGAUCAUACUCAUGAGAAUGAUGCAACGAAUCCUCCCGCUGGAGGUGAUGAUUCUCGGCCUCAAUCAAGAGAUGAUGCACCUGAGCAGACCCCAGCUGAUGCAGAAAAUGAUGCAAGUACAGUAGGUCCCCAGAAGAAGAAACUUGUGAUAACUGAUGAAUAUUUUCAGAGGGUUACACAAGCCCUCAUUAUGCGGCUCAGGCAGCAUGAAGAAGCUGUUAUACGAGAUGGGACUGGACUUGCCGGGAUGAGGCAAAGGGACUUGAUCCAGUGGUAUGUCGAUCAGCAAAAUGAGAAAAAUAGCUAUAGUUCCAUGGAGGAAGCAGCAACCGAAGUGUCACGCGUAAAAGCUAUCAUCGAGAGUUUGAUACGAAGGGAAGGACAUCUUAUCGUUUUAGAUGAUGGUAGUACCCAGGUGGGCGACGAUGGGAGGCAGCCCGUGUCUAGAAACGACAGAAUCUUGGCUGUGGCUCCCAACUAUGUCGUGGACUAAGUGAAUACAUGACGGAUGCAUAUGCUUCAAAACCAAGAACGUACAUCAGAGAGUUUGGUGAAAAUUACUGCAAUAGCUCAAUGCAGGUCGAAUAAUCUCUACUGAUUUGAUCCGGCUCUGUGUUGAGAUUGGGAUGGUCAUCACUGACGAGAUGCUGGACCAACAUGAAGGUUACUGUUGUAAUAUCCGGUGAUUAUUUAAUGUAACUACUGGACGCCGACUUUACCUUGAUGAUUUUUCGAUGAGGAGUUGUUUCUGUCAGCGCACCUCUCUCCCUGUAAUCUGCUCAGUCCCAUUCUCUUUUGACUUGCAAUUUUUAUGGUAUAAUUAUUAAGUUGCCGAGGGAUUCGGCCGCAUGAAACACGAGGGAAGGUGUCGAGGAUUCUGUUUUUAAAGGGAAAAGUGAUGGAAUUUAAACCUUCAUUUAUUAUAUCAAUAAAAAUAUGGAAUUUAACCUUCAUUUCUUUUUAUUGAGCAGAGGGGCAGCGAGUGGCUGAGUAGUCGACCUCUUUCCUCACCUUACCCGCAUCUACAAUCUACACAAAUACAAAAAAUCAAUUCCACAAACUCUCCAUCUCUCUCUCUCUCUCUCUCUCUCUCUCUUUUAAACUUUACCUCAACUCAACUAUAGACAGAUCAUUCAGGGUUCCUCUGUCACACCAGCAAAA